UAAACAGCGGCGGUGGUCACGUGACGGUGGUGACGUCACAGCCCUGUGAUCCUCCCGUGGUUGCGGUUCAACACCCGGCAGCAGCAACAAACUCUACAAGCUCACAAGUUUGGAGACAGACACAGUUAAAUCAAUCUUAGACGGAAGGAAAGCAGACACUCCAGCGUGUUUGUCCGCCGUGAGGAGCCAGGAUGACGGCGGCGGUGUUCUUCGGCUGCACCUUCAUCGCCUUCGGGCCAGCCGUGUCCCUGUUCCUGUUCACCAUCGCCAAGGAGCCGCUCCGGGUCAUCUUCCUCAUAGCGGGAGCUUUCUUCUGGCUGGUGUCGCUGCUGCUCUCCUCCACGGUGUGGUUCAUCUCGGUUCAGAUCAGCAACAAGGACAGCGCUGCGCAGCAGAAAGGUCUGCUCAUCUUCGGCGUGGUGCUGGCAGUCCUGCUGCAGGAGACUUUCCGCUUCGCUUACUACAAACUGCUGAAGAAGGCAAAUGAAGGCCUGCUUACUCUCAGUCAGGAGGAAACCAUGCCGAUCUCCAUACGACAGCUGGCCUACGUUUCUGGCCUCGGCUUUGGGUUCAUGAGUGGAGCGUUUUCCGUGGUUAACAUCCUGGCUGAUUCUGUUGGACCUGGGACCAUCGGGAUCCAUGGAGACUCACAGCACUACUUCCUGUCCUCAGCCUUCAUGACUAUGGCCAUCAUCCUGCUUCACAUGUUCUGGGGCGUCGUCUUCUUUGACGCCUGCGAGAAGCAGCGCUGGUGGGCGGUGGCCGCCGUCGUCAUCAGUCACCUCGUAGUGUCGUGCCUGACCUUCCAGAACCCCGAGUACACCUCCAGCCUGAUUCCCACCUACGUCAUCAUGUUCCUGAUGGGCGUCUGGGCGUUUUACACCGCCGGCGGAUCCCUCAGGAACCUCAAACUCUGCCUCACCUGCAAAGACAAGGACUUCCUGCUGGCCAACCACCGGCCGAGAUAACUCGCGCUCUACAGAGUUACGGGACUCGAUCCAAAACAUCCAAAGGGUGUGGACAUGUUCAUGUUUUUGUCCUCGAGACCUGAUUGUCCGUAAAAACGUUUUUAGAGGAGUAAAGAUGGGAGAUGAUUGUGAGUCAUGUCCCACUUGGUUCGGGUUUGUCUUCAGUUGAAAGUCCCCCACCCCCAUUCCUAAUACAAUAAACUCAUAGCAACACUCUUAAACUCCUUCACGUAUUGCGUUUGACAGUUCUGACGGUUUACAGCUGGUAAUGGCGACGCCGUCUCAGCGGAUCUGUCAAGUUUGUGUAUAUAAGGCUGCAUUACUGAAUAACGGGAUGUAGAUAGUGGAACAUCUGACCAUCUGUAGUCUGAUCGAGAAUCCGCCUUUUUACAUGACUGGUUUUUAUGUGUUUUAUCUCAGUUAUCCUGAGGUUGCUGGCUGUACUUUAGUAAUAAUCAGAAAUGACAAGUUCAAUUUUACUUAUUUUUGCUCAUUAGGCUUUUUCCUCCUUUUCGAUCGGAAGAAUUGAUGCUGAAGAACUUUGGCCUUUUUUUUUCUGCUGUAAACGCAUCGUAGAUGCGGGCAGGUGGAGGCGUUUGCACUGAUCUCUGGAUGUCAAGUUUGAUAUUUUCUCAUUUAUUUUUAGUUUAGGGGGUGAGUGCUGGAGUUAGAGUAAACAUGUUUCUUUGUGCCUGAUUUUCUUUGAUCACCUUGUACAGUUUGUAAUGACUUCUGCGGUGUCGUUUAACACAUUUGACUUGUAAGUUGGUGAAAAUGCAGAUUUUUGAUUCAGAAGUUUUUGAUGGUGCUCAAGUCCUUUUUUUAAAAAAAGAAAAAGGAAAACGUACUGGAGAAAACACCUUUGAUUCAACAGCCAAAGUUCCCACGAUUGUAGAGAAAUAAUGUUCGUCAGUCCAUGAAAUGUUUUUCAACAUAAAUUUAAAUGCUAAUGGUGCAGAACCUGAUUACAUUUGAAGAACUCAAGUAAUGUUGGCAUUGUGUCUGGUCAAGAGUGAUUGGUUUCAUUUCAACUUUGUAUGAUUCACCAGCACCGCACAUGGUUGUCUGCCUAUGAGUGAAUUGUUAAACUUUGGCCAUCUAACUUUCCAUGGAACCACCAACAAGAUGUUAAAUUAUUUCUGCACACUUUGGUUUGUGAAUAAAAAUAAGCAUUCCAAUAGA